AUGUACAAUUUACCAACUUUAUCAGAAGUUGUAGCUUUGGUAGUUGGCGACUUUGAAACAACUCCGGCUGAUAGAGACAUUAUAGGUGAAACUCAAACUAGAGAGUUGAAACGGAUCAACAAAUUAAACGCUUCAUAUCUUGGGCUUCAAUACCCUUUGCUUUUUCCAUAUGGCCAAGAUGGAUAUCGAGAGGAUGUUCCACUAAAGCAGUUAGACACAAAAUCGUUUGCUAGAAGGAAGAGGUUAAGCAUGAAAGAAAUCUUUGCCUAUAGAUUGCAAGAAAGAGAGAAUGAGUCCUCGAAUAUUUUAUUCUCAAAAAGGUUGUUCCAGCAACUUUCAGUUGAUGCAUAUAUGAUGGUUAAAUCAUCACGUCUAUCAUAUUUAUGCACCAACAAAAAAGAAUUAAGGUCUGAGAUGUAUGGAGGUUUGGCAAAAGCAAUUUUAAGAGGCGAAACAGAUGCUUCUUAA